AUGGCCUCCAGAAACCUGGACUUGGCCUUGCCAGAACCCGUCCAGAAAGAAUUCAUCUGCCCUGUCUGCCUGAAUACCUUUACAGACCCAGUGACUAUAUGCUGUGGGCACAGCUUCUGUAGAUCCUGUCUCUACCUUUUCUGGGAGGUGGCUGAAAUCCCUUACCAAUGUCUUGUUUGCUGUGAACCAUCCCAGCGGAGAGAGUACAAAACCAACAGUGUUCUUAAGAAUCUAGUGUACAUUGCCAGGAAAGCCAAUCUGAGGGAAUUCUUGCACUCUGAGGAACAGAUGUGUGGGACCCACAAAAAGACAAAGAUGAUCUUCUGUAGAGAGGAAGAGAGCCUACUCUGUUGGCUCUGUUCUGACUCCCCGGAGCACAAAGCUCACAGACACUGUUCUACUGAAGAGGCUAUUGAAGAACAGCGGGAAAAGCUCUCUGAUGAGAUGAGAUCUUUAUGGAAAAAGAUCCAAGGAAUCCAGGAGAGUCUCAAUAAAUAUGGCAGAAUGACUGUGCCUUCGAUGUAUUUUGUGACUCAACAUGAAAACGUCAUUCCUGCUCAUGAGACACCGUGUCCAGUUCUCAGAGAGGAAAGUGAAACUUUAGAAAGCCUUCGAGAAGAAGGCAAUGAGAUGUGUGACCAAUUCCGGAGGAAUCAAAGUCAUCUGAUCAAUUGUAUGAGCUACCUACGAGAAAUGUACAUGGAGCUGGUGGCUAUGUGCCAAAAGCCAGAUGGGGAGCUCCUCCAGGAAUUAGGAGACACUUUGGCAAGAAUUUUCCUUUUGACAGUCAAUGUGACAUUCAGCAGGGUAAUAACCAAUCACGAUACGAGGCUAUUUGAAGACGUGAGAAGUUUGAGGUAUGACCGUGACCAUUUGUAUGCAUCCUUGAUUCCUGGAACAUCUGACUACUUUGCAUCAUGGGGAGAACCCUGCUUUAGCAGCGGCAAACAUUACUGGGAAUUAGAGGUGAACGACUCUUGGGACUGGGUUGUGGGUGUCUGUGAGGGCUUCCGUGACAAUUCCUGGAUGAGGAACAUUGGCCCACUGGAAGAACUGAGUGGCACAUUCCUCCUGAUGUGUGUAAAGGAGGAUGACGGUUACAGGCUCUGGGCCACCUGCCCUCUGUCUCCUGUGUUCACAGAGAAACCUCAGGGCAAGGUUGGGGUGUUCCUUGAUUUUGACACUGGAAGUUUGAGUUUUGUAGAUGUGGCAAAGCAUUGGGUUAUUUGGAGGUACCAUGAUGGCUGCUUGAAAUCUCCUGUCAGGCCUUUCAUGUGCUCUGGCCACAGAUGA